AUGAGCAAAGCAUUCAUUCGUCAGUUCUCCCGUUCUGCACCAGUGCUGGGAAAGGGUUAUUCAACUGUCCAUCCUGUCCAUCAUUUAGUCAAGGUUGAAAAAUCUAAAUUAAAACCAGGUUAUAAAGAUCUCUUGAUACCUAAAGAUGACAUUAGAUCAGUUAAAUAUAAACCAACUGAAUAUUCUCAAGAUAGAUUAGUUGAUUAUUAUAACAAUACUUUAAAAUCAGACUUGUUAUUACAAUUAUAUGACCAUGAAGCUAAAGUAAUUAAAGGUGCAACCAAAAAAUCAUGGGGUACGGAUUCUCCUUAUAAAUUAUUCCGUCCAUUAAGAAAGAUAAAGGGAGGUAAUCGUAGUGCUAAAGAUAUAUUACCAAUUUCCCAUGAGAAUAUUCCAGAAGUAACUGAAAUUGUUGUAAUGGCUUUCAAUAAAAAGGCUUUAGAACUUCCACAUUUGAAUAUUUCUACAAGAUUACAACUUUCUCAAAUAACAAAUGUUAAACCAAAACAAAUUCGUGCAAAAGCAAAUAUCUUACCUUGGAAGAUUAGACAUGGGAAAGAAUGUGGUGGGAAAUCUGUUUUAACUGGCUUAGAUCUUUCACAAUUUAUAAGUACUUUGACUGAAUUGGUAUUACCAAGAAUUAGAGCUUUUAAAGGGAUUAAAAAUACUUCUGGUGAUUGUCAUGGGAACAUUUCAUUUGGGUUAACAGCAGAAGAUGUUUCACUCUUUCCUGAAAUUGAACAUUAUCAAGAAUUAUUCCCAAGCUUAUGUGGAUUUGAUGUUACUUUUAAAACAACUGCUAGAACUGAUGAACAAGCAAGAAUAUUGUUGAGUGGACUUGGUUUCCCAUUCUAUAAUCCUUCAAAGAAUUCUCAAGAAUAA